AUAGAGAUGUUAUAAGCUUCUCAGUGCAGUUACAUAGAAAGAAAGAGAGAGAAAGAAAAAGAGUAAUGGCAAUGGCAACAAUGGGAGAGAGUCCUCGGAGCCCAGAAGCGAAAUUGGGUAUGCGAGUUGAGGAUCUUUGGGACGUUCAAGAGGCACAGCUAAGUCCUACCGAGAAACUCAACGCUUGUUUUGAAAGCAUCCCUGUCUCUGCGUUUCCUUUGGCUCCUUCAAACCAAGAAAUUGAGAUCAAAUCAGACGCCACCUUGGCCGAAGCUGUUAUGAAACUGGCACGACACAAUGUUUUCAGUGCACCUGUGGUGGAUGUUGAUGCUCCUGAAGAUGCUAGUUGGAUUGACAGAUACAUCGGAAUCGUCGAGUUUGCUGGAAUUGUUGUAUGGAUCUUGCAUCAGUCUGAACCUGCAUCACCUAGGAGUCCAUCUACUCCAACCAGUGCAAAGGCAAUUGCAGCUGCAGCUAAUGGACUGAGUUUUGCUCUGGAACUUGAAGCCUUAGGCCUUGGAUCUGCUGCAACAACUGCAGGAAACUUUUUUGUAGAUCUUACUUCAUCUGAACUUUAUAAGAAUACCACGGUUCGUGACAUUGCAGGGACAUUCCGCUGGGCCCCAUUUCUUGCUUUAGAGAGAUCAAACUCAUUUCUAACCAUGCUCUUGUUGCUUUCGAAGUACAAGAUGAAGAGUGUCCCUGUGUUGGAUUUAGGCUCUGGUACAAUAGAUAAGAUUAUUACACAAUCUGCCGUGAUUCAUAUGCUGGCAGAAUGCGCUGGACUUCAGUGGUUUGAAAGUUGGGGAACCAAGAAAAUAUCUGAAGUUGGUCUUCCCCUGGUUACACCAGAUCAGAUCAUAAAGGUUUAUGAGGAUGAACCAGUCCUUCAAGCAUUUAAAGUAAUGAGAAAAAAAAGGGUUGGAGCAGUGCCUGUAAUUGAGAGAGAUAGCGGAAAGGCAGUUGGUAAUAUAAGCUUGCGAGAUGUUCAAUUCUUGUUAAAUGCUCCGGACAUAUACCAUGAUUAUAGAGCUAUUACAGUAAAGGACUUCCUGACAGCGGUUAGAAGUUACUUGGAGAAGAACAAAAACGCAUUCCCAAUGGUAAGUGAAUAUGUUACAUGCAGAGAGGACUGUACAGUGAAAGAGUUGAUUCAACUGCUGGAUGAAGAGAAGAUUCACAGGGUGUAUGUGGUGGACAAUGAUGGGGAUCUGCAAGGACUAAUCACACUAAGAGACAUAAUAUCAAGACUAGUACAUGAACCCCGUGGCUAUUUUGGUGAUUUCUUUGAUGGUGUUCUUCCUCUGCCUGCAAAUACGAGAGUUUAAUAGCCAAGAAUAACCUGGUGCACCAAGGUUUUUCUUUUAUUUUUUUGGAAUAAAUUAUUUUAGUAAAAGUGAAAAAGACCUAUGUGGUUCUUUUAAGGGCUGAAGACGUGUACUUGGGGUCUUUGUAUAAGGUGUAGGCAGUUUUUGCAAGUUACUUGUAUCCGUUUUAUUAAGUGGGUAUUAGAGUGAGAUUGUGUGUAUUGUAAAUUCUGGCGUGAGUGUAAGUAACCAUAAUUUUUUCUUUUUGCUUUAAA